AUGGCGCUCGCUGCUAAAACUGCAAGAUUGGCCUUAGGAACAAGCCUUAUAGAUGCCCAGUACUUGGCUGAUAGAGUGAUUUUCAUUAAUAGUAAGUAUGUCAAUAUCAGCAAAGUGCGGAGAAACGUUGACUAUUAUUUUCUAAUCAGGCACAUCUUUUGGUCUUUGUCCUAUGCAACCGAGCAAAACUUUUAUUAAUUUACUUGUAAACCUUUCUGUUUACUUUCAAACAGACGAUAUUAUUGCAAUAAACAAACCAUAUGGACUUCCUGUACAUUGUAAGUAGAGAAAUGAAAUGCCUGGUUUGUUUUUCAGGGGGAUUGAGGAGAGGGUUGGGGUGGUCUCUUCUCAUGCUUGGGGGUAGUGGUACUGUUAUUGCUUGAAACUCUGAUCUUGUUAAGAAGAAAAAAUAAAUAAAGAAAGAAACCUAAAGUACUUACCCUGUAUAGGGCAAAUUUAAUGUAAUAGGACUGAUGCAUGCUGUAAUUUCUUUUUCUAUUGUGUGUGUGUGUCUUUCCCCACCUCACAGGGGAUUUCUUUUUAGACAAAAAAAACCACCUAAACCAGUCCCCAGUAUGAGUAAGUAAUAAAAGAAUUAAGAAACAAAAAGGUUACUCAAAUGAACAUUUAAUUUAGUCCUUGGCAAACAAAGACAACGUUGAAAUUUAACAACUUGCAUGUUUAGCCAGUUCUCAAGUAUGAGCCAGAAAUAGGUAGUACUGCAACUUGUAAAUUAUUCUUUUACAGGAUUUACUUUGAACUUGGUGAUAAUAACAAAGAAUCAAGAUUAAAACUGCACUGCAUCAUGUAACCUUCCUUUUUCCUACAAAUUUUAGAAAUACUCUUCUUGCUUUCCCUGGUUGCUUUCUAGGAUUGUGAAAUCCUCACAUUUCUUCAUGUGAUGUGUCAUCACAAAGUUGAACUAAGCGCCCCACAUUUCCAGCUCCCAAGAGUUAAGACAUGCUCAUCCCUAGUAACAAUUAUUCUAUUUAUGGUCUGGGCUCCCCCAUCACACAUAAUUAGGAAAGCCAACAGUAAUGUAAGUUCAUCUGAUUACAUUUGCCUUUAAAGCUGGUCCUGGUGUAAAGAUAUGUGUGAUGGAUUUGCUUGAUGAGUUUACAGAAAUAAAGAAACUUGGACAGAAACCAGAGCUGGCACAUAGGCUUGAUAGGUAAUUUAAAAUUAAAAUUUUUUGCCCUUUUCUAAUGUUUGUGCAUGGAGGCUUGGUGGUUGAGUGGUUACCACCUUGAACUUUGGAUCUGUAGGUUCUGAUUUAGCCUUUACUAUCCUAUUAUUUCUAAAGGAAAGAGACUUGGCUCCACGAUGUCUCUUCACUCAGGAGUAAUACUGUGGCAGAUCCAGACCUUCAGAUAAGGGAGGGGGUGGGUGGGUGGUCAUGUAAGACCCUGAGAUUUUUCCUUGAUAAAUGGCCAAGUCUUAUAAUAAUGUGCUGGAUUUUUUGGGCAGUCAUCCAGACCCUGAGAUAAGGAGAGGCCCCAGUCUCAUAAAUGGACCUCAGUUUGCUCUAAAAAUUAUGGGAGGAGGGAUCCCAGACCCCUCCCCUGGAUUAACUACUGAUAUAAAUGAGAUACAGAGAUAUUUUCCUCGCCCCAGUUAUUCAAAAGGUGGAUGGUGCUAUCCAUGGGAUAAAUCUCUUUCCAGUGGAUAGUGCGGUUGGUUUUCCUAAUACUUAUCCACUGGAUAGUGAUUUAUCCAGUGGAUAGCACUAUCCAGCUUUGGAACAACUGAGGCCUGGUGAAACCCUGAGAGCCGAUGGACGGGCAUCCUACCCAAGGUGCCUCACAUUGCAGAUACCAGAUUAAGCCCUGUGAGCCUCAAGGCUUAGUUGCACCUUUACCUAACAUUUGCACAUGCUUUUGAUGAAGGAGGAUAUCAAUUUGAUGGAAAUGAUGAAGCAGGCCUUUCUAAGGAAGUGAUUUGCUUCAUAUAAAAAAUUAUAAAUUUGUAAUUUAUCUAGUUACUAUAUUUAUUACAUUUUGGUUUUAAUGUUUUAUUUUUUAAAUUUACUUACAGAGAUUGCAGUGGCACUCUUCUUUUCACAAGGUACAGUACCUUUUCAUUGGUAUUUUUUAUCUUCAAAUUAAAUUGAUUCAUGAUUGUGGGCAUGUCUUAGAGGAGAGAUAUGCAGAUAUAUGAAGGCUUUUAUUUCAGCUUGCAAAGGUGUCUUUAAGGAGCUUAGACACCUUUGGUGAGGUAUGCAAUUCCAAAAACAAGAGGAGAUAAUUCUGAUUUAACCAUCUCUAAAGCCAGAUAAUUGAUGAUUCAUUGCCAAUUUGUAACCAAUGUUAAGUAUCCUCAAAUUUAGGUAGGAUUUUCUAACAAAAUGUUUGGGGUAGUGAAGUAGGGUCAUCAAUCAUAGCCAGUGGCUGGCAAAAUACACCACCAACAUUGCAGGGCUCAAAAUAACGGCCGGUCAACGGACAAUGUCCGGCCUGAUCGUGGGCUUGACCGGUCAAACUCUCGUCUGGCCGGUCAUUUUGACUGGUCAUUUUUGGAUGCUUGUCGCUUAAUGCGUUUUGCUCUAUAACGCUGUAAUUCGCUGCUUUCUUUGGCUUUUUUUGCUGCUUUGCACUAAACCCUUUAAAGAAAAACUCUCUGCUUUGCUGUGAUCAGUCAUGCGACCUUCUUUGGGAAAACAUACGCUAACAACAAUCCGUUAUUUUUUAGAAAACUAAAGGAUGAGUGACAGUUUUUGUCCAUCAAACGUUUCACAUCUACUUGUAAUAGGAUUGUGAAAAUCACCUUCGACGGAAUUCGGGCUAAUACGGCGAUCACUCGUCCUGUACUGUUUCUCUGGGAAUAAAUUUCAGCGCAUCAAUUAAUUAUAAUAAUUGCUUUAUGUCGAACAUGAUCUCGUUUGCAGACCCAAUUCCAGAAUUGUCUGAUAAAAACUAAGCUAAUCGAGAACGAACGUCGCCUAUCUCGGCGCUUAAAAUCCUCCUUCUUGAUAAGCCGUUCGCGAUAAAGUGUUGCGCGACGACCCAAACGAAAGCUCUGCUGUAUAUUUAUUGACUUCUGAUGACGAAUACGCUGUUUGUGGAACAAAUUUCUUGCCAAAUCAACUUCUUUGCCGCAAAUAUUUAGUGACGAAAUUCUUCUUUGUGGAGGAGACUUUCGAUCACGUGCCGGGCAACGAAAAGAAUCAAGUUUCACCGAUAUGCAGAUAUAGGACGACCUUGGAGACUUCCGACACCGCCGUACGAUGAUACUGAAGGUAUAUAUAAACGGACAUAAAACGGGCGAAAAUCGCGGAAAGGAACUCAACGUGUGAAUGAAUUUUUCACCAACUUGCUGGCAAAAACCUGAACGACAAUGCCAUACAACGAUCUACUGCCAGCGUAAUUUGAUAUUCCAUGGGCAAAAAAAUAUUUAUAAUAUUCAUUAAUUUGACCGGCCAAAAUCGGGGUUUGGCCGGGCUAAAAAAUAUUUGGCCGGUCAUCAUGACCGGCGACCUGCUGUGCGUUAUUUUGAGCCUUGCAUUGUGUUUUUGGCCCUAGGCUGUUGCUCUGAUUCUUUGGUAAAAGAUGGCAAAAUCAGCCACCAACUUCAAAAAUUAUAAAACUGUCUACUUUAAAACUUUCUUACAACCUUAAAAUAUAAAGCUAAAGGUAAUUACACCAGACCCUCCAAAACAAAACCACCCAAAUUACCAGUCAACAGUAUUAUAAAUUUUUGGUUGUUUUAGAUCACAAAGUGCAGCCAAGAAAGUUGCAGAAAUGUUCACAGAUAGAAUAGUCAGAAAACAAUACUGGGCCAUUACAGUUGGAGUACCAUCAUUUGAAGAAGGAGAAAUCAACAUUCCUGUUGGGGAAGCUAAACUUUUUAGUGGACAUCGUAUUGUUACAAGGCGGGAUCUGGUUGGAAAAUCUCCUGAGGUAAGUGAAACAUUAACCCAUUCACCUCUGGAAAUUUUGCUGAAUGAUGGCAUUUGAACCUAAUUCUGUCUGGUUACUAUCUGGCCAAGAGAAACCAAUACUGCUCAAAAACUGGUUUACAAGUUGAGCACUUGGCAGGCUUUUGUUUGUGAUGCCAAAUUACAGAUUCCAAAGUUUGGGUGGGUGCAAAAGGCAAAUUCCAUUUUUUUCCCAUCACUUGUUGGGUUCAAAAGUGACAAUGCCCCUUGAAUUUUACCUUUUGCUUUCUUUUCUCCCCUUGUCUUUUGCUGUUCUUAUCCAGCAUUUUUCUUUUGCUGGGCAAUAUUUAUUUAGCUUUAUUUUGGUGGGUAUAGUUUCUGUGAAAAGCCAUAGGAUUGUGAAAUUAUUUAGUAGAAAGUAUACAUGGGUAGUUGAACAAGAUUUAUAAUGAAAUAUAUUAUCAUUACUGGUCAACUUUACUUGGGUUUUCCAUUUUUCUCUGCCCUGUUUGACAGAGAUGAGCUCAUUUGGGUACUAUUAGAAAAUCUCUUCCCUCUGCCUAAGGUGAAAUGAUGAAUGUCCUCUCCCAGCCCUCAUGAUCAUUUUUCCCCCCAGAUAUUGAAAGCUGCAGGCUUCAAAAAUGCAGUAACAAGAUUUCAAGUUUUAGACACAAACAAGACCACAUGUGCCCUUUUACAACUUGAGCCACUAACUGGACUCAAACAGCAAAUCAGAGUGCAUGUGGCUGAAGGUCUCAAGUGUCCAAUACUGGGUGAUCAUAAGUUCUCUUCAGAUGCUCGUGAACCACAGGUAAACCAACUCAGGGUCUGACAGUAGUUCUAGGGACUAGUGGAGGAACCUGUCAGGCUAUCAUGUUUUUUUUUAUGAGUUACCCACAGGUAAACAGUAUUUGCUGAAGUAAAUGUUAGGGAAGAAAGGGAUUAGGGUUGGGAGGCCUGCACAACUGCUUCAGGCUAGUAAAUUUCAGCAUUAGUUUGUCUGAAGGGCCAGCAAUUUUUUUUUAAAUGUUCAUCUCACCCUUCAACUUUAUGGGCCAUUAUGUGAGUAUUCGGAGAUUUUAUAAAGUCAUCAUUUGAUAACUGGAUAUGCCUAAGUCUCAUAGAUAUGGAAUGUUUUGUUUUUAGUCAACAAAGUUACUUCUAAAAGUAAUGACACUAUUGUUCUUAUAUACUUCCCAUUGACUUCAACAAAAUGUCAACUAACUGGAAAAGUCAUACUUUUUGUCUUCUAAAAAAUAUUUAAUCAGAAUUCAAUUUUAGCUAGUUUCUUUCUUUCCUUUCCUAGGUGUUACCCUUGCGCUUACUUCAGCUUCUGCAAUUUCAAGGUGUAAAAAGCAAAACAGAUCCCAGUGCAAAGGGAAAAAUCAGACCAUGGCAAAGGGCACUGAUACCUCUUCAUUUACAUGCAAGACAACUGAUUCUACCACAGUUUGAUAAAGGAAAAGACAUUAUUAUUUCUGCACCACCUCCAGAAUAUUUUCAAGAAACACUUCAGAACUUAAGUCUUCACCCUAAGAAGAAAAAUAUGAUUCUUUCUAGACACGAAGCUGAAUAUUUAAGACUUAGGAGACUGGGAAAGUCAACCAAAAGACUUGUUGGAUUUUAA